CUCGCCUUGCUUCUAAUCAAUGAGAUUUUCAACACCUGUGAACCCGUGUGUUUAAGCCCUGUUGUUUCCUGUGUUUGGUGCUGAGUAUUAUCUAGCCUCUAGCUCUGUUACGACGCGUUUCCCUUGCUCUUAUUCUUUGUUUAUUCCGCCCUUUUCCUGUACUUCGUUUUCUCCUUUUUGCCUUGCCCAUUGAUUGCCUUACCGUUGCCGUUUUGUUUGUACCGUUAGCCUAGCCCCUUUACCUGGUUUUUGCUCUCCUGUGUACCAACCUAUCUUCAGUCCGACCACCCUCUGGAAUAAAAAUCCACCCCGUUUUCCUCCAGGACCUCGUCCUUUGCCCUUUGUGGGAAACGUCUUCACUGGGCUUGACUUCAGAACCAUAAACAAGCUCGCUGAGGAAUAUGGGGAGAUUUUCAGCCUGAGAUGGGGCAGUGACAAAGUAGUGUUUAUCUCUGGAUACAAAAUGGUGAAGGAGGCCCUCAUUACUCAGCUGGACAGUUUUGCUGACCGUCCUGCCAUUCCCAUGUUUCAGAAAAUCUUUCAGGGACUUGGUCUAAUUGCAAGUAAUGGUUACAAGUGGAAGAUGCAGAGAAAGUUUGCCAGCUCACACCUGCGCUACUCUGGUGACAGGCAGAAGCCCUUUGAGCUGAGCAUCCAGCAGGAGAGUGUCUUUCUGUGUGAUGCUUUCAAAGAUGAACGAGGGCAGUUCGAUCCCCACUUACUCCUGAGCAAUGCUGUUGCAAACAUCAUCUCUUCUGUAGUUUUUGGGCAUCGCUUUGACUACCAUGAUGGACACUUCCAGAACAUUCUGCGCUUGGACACUGAAGCCAUUGCCUUGUCAGGCUACACCCAGACUCGGUUGUAUGAUGUCCUACCAUGUCUUUUUGAUUAUAUUCCUGGCCCUCACCAAAAAAUGUUUGCAAACUACAAGAUCAUCUUAGAUUUCUUAAAUGAUGAAAUCAAAAAGCACAAGGAGAGCUUGGAUCCCUCAGACCCACGGGACUACAUAGACGCUUACCUAGUGGAAACAGAGAAGAGAAACAGUGACCCUGAAGCUGGCUUUAACAUGACAACAUUAGUACUGGCUACAUUGGACAUGUUUGAGGCAGGGACAGAAACUACAGCUACAACAAUUCGGUGGGGUCUGCUCUUCAUGAUGAAAUACCCAGAGAUACAAAAAAAGGUGCAGGCAGAGAUAGACAUAGUAAUUGGACAGUCACGUCAACCUCUCUUGGCUGACAGACCCAACAUGCCGUACACUGAUGCAGUCAUCCAUGAGACCCAGAGGAUGGGCAAUGUUGUACCUCUGGGUGCCCCUAAAAGCCCCAGUAAAGAUACAACACUUGGAGGAUACUUCAUACCAAAGGGCACUGUAGUGACAACAAACCUGUCAUCUGUGCUUUAUGAUAAAAACGAGUGGGAAACACCAGACACCUUUAACCCAGGACACUUUCUUGAUGAACAAGGCCAAUUCCACAAGAGAGAUGCCUUUCUGCCCUUUUCAGCAGGUAAGAGGGUGUGUCUUGGGGAGCAGUUGGCACGUAUGGAGCUCUUCUUGUUCUUCACUUCUCUGCUACAACGCUUUACAUUCUCCGCUGGCCCUGGAGAAAAGCUGAGCCUGGAGGGUCAGCUGGGUUUCACUUACGCCCCCAGCCCUUACCGCAUGUGUGUGACCCCACGCUGAGCUCCACACUCCAAAAUCUGGAGAAGGAUGUACCUGAUUGGAAAAUUAAACCAAACCAUAGUAACAUGCUGAAUAAGUAUGAAUGUAAACUUGGUAACAUUUCUCUAGGUAAAAAUGUAGUAAAUCAUAGCAUCAUCAUGGAACAAUUUUUAUGUGUUAUUUUAUCAUUUCUGAGGCCAUGUCAGUCAGUUUUUUUCCCACAGUGAUGUCUUCAACACGUUCUGUACUCUAUAUGGGGUAAAUUGUUCUAAUGUAGGAAAUUACAAAAUGUGGGACACCUAAGAUUUUUGGUGUAGGUCUUCCGUAAACAAAUGGAAUUCAACAAACUUAUAGGUUAACACAAGUUUUUAUGUCAUGUGAUCAAACUCACUUCACUUAAUUGUCCAAUCAAAGAUUGAAAAGGAGUGAUCAUCAAACAGGAAGCACCCCAUUUGAAGACCAAUCAGUCAGUUGACAAUGUUUAGAGAAAAAUUGAUGUUAGGGGUGUAAAUUUCUUAGAAAUAAAACAAUCCUACUGUUGUUUAUUCAAUAGCGAUGAUGUGGAGAUGAUGAAGGAAUCUCUACUGACACUGUCUUUCUUGUAUUUAUAGAAUUUAUUACAAGGAAAUACAGCUUCUUAUCAGACGCCAUAGUUUGUCUAAAAGAGGUUUCGGAGCCAAUAUGAAUCCUUCUGAAUACAAGCUGUAACUGCCUGUCUUAUAUAGGGUAGAUGUUUUUGUGACCUUUGGAUCAGAGGCCCCUAACUUAAACAUAAAGUCAGCUUUAAGUGGUUUUUGUGACCUUUAGAACAGGAGCCCUAUUUACAUGUUUUUGUAAAACUGAAGGAACCCUCUGACCCUUAUGUAAACUGAUCUUAUCUGCAGGGUCGCAGGGUUAAUGAAGUGAUGCAGUUUUUUGUUUGUGUAUAUAUAUAUAUGUGUGUCACGAUUGGCUCCUCCCACUCCAUGUGCCUUUUUGUUUUGGUUUAAGUCCUGCCCCCUGUUUGGUUACUCCACCCCUGAUUGUGUUCACCUGUCCCUCAUGUGUUCACCUGUCCCUGGUCUUUGUAUCGGUCAUUGUCCUUGCGCUGUUGGACGUUUGCUAUGUUUGAAUAUCUGUUGUUGUUUGUUUCUGGUUUGUCAUGAUUUCCCCACGAUCUGUAUGUAUCGGCUCUUUGACCCUGGACCGUUAUGACCCUGAUUUUGGAUUUGCCCUCAAUAAAAGUUGCUUACCUCCGCAAA